AUGGAAAUGUGCUGCAUUCUUGAAGUAGAUGUCAAUGGCCUUGAGACUUUCCUGGUGGACAAGAAUAUCGUGGCAUCGUUUUCAAGUAGGCUUAACAGAUUGUUUGGUAAAAAAUCAGGAGUAGUAAAUGGGGAGCUGAAAGUGAUCUUUCAUGAUUUUCCAGGAGGCUCUGAGGGUUUUGAGCUCAUGUCAAGAUUCUGCUACAACAACGGCAAAGUCGAGAUAAACCCUCACAAUGCUGUCCUAUUGAACCGCGUGGCGCGUUUCAUGGAAUUGUACUGCAACAAAGCACGGAGCAAUCAAAAUUUGGAGGAACGAACGGAGAAUUCCCUCAAAGGGAUCGACUACUGGCCUUGGUCUGAACUACUAAUAUCUUUGAAACAAUGCCAGGAUUUAUUCCCUGCUAAAGAUUCGUCUUUUUUAGUUCAGAAAAUUGUGGACUGCAUAACAGAAAGAUUAGCUUUGCCUGCUGUUGUGAGCUCGUGCGCGUCUUCAUCGGACAGUUCAUGUUAUCCUUGUUCAAGCAUGGAUAGUGUCAAAAGCAAUGGCUUUCACACGGCAUGGUGGUUUGAAGAUCUUAUGUUCUUGGAAAUUGAUUGGCUAGACAAAAUAGUGAGAGCAAUGGUAUCAAAAGAACAUGACCAUUUUGCCACAAGUAGAUUCCUCCUCUAUUAUCAAAAGUCGAAAUCCAUCGGCGCCACGGUCAUCGAGAAACGCAGGAUUUUAGAGGGUUCGAUCAAUCUGCUAUCUUUGGUGGAUCGGGACUUGAGCACCAUCUCUUGCAAAUGCCUCUUCGAGCUACUAUGCCUCGGAUUGAGGUGGAACAUAAGCAUAGGUCACAAAGAACUCUUGGAGAGCUUGAUUGGCUCACGGUUCGACCAAGCCACGGUCGAUCAUCUGCUUAUUCAAUCGCCUUGGGGGAAAAAGUACGCUUAUGAUGUCUAUUUGAUCAUCAGGAUUAUUAAAGCAUUCUUGCACAAAGGCGAUGAAUUACCCGUAGGUCAGCUCAAGAAGGUCGGCCACUUGAUUGACUCCUACAUAGGAGAAGUGGCUGCCGAUUUGCAUGUAAAGCCCGUGAUGUUCGAAGAGCUGGUCUCAAUCUUGCCGGAGGCUGUUAGAGACUCUCAUGACAGCCUAUACAGAGCCAUAGACAUAUAUGUUGAGGUACCAUACUUGGACAGCAAAUUCUGA